CGCUCAGUGCGCGUGCGCGGGCGUCUGAGGCUCCGGGCCCUGCGGCCGCGGCUCUUUUGUUUCCCCGCCGCCGGGCCGAGCCGAGGCCGAGCCCCGUCCGAACCGGGUCGUCUGUCGCCCCAGUCGGAACCGUAGCGGAGACCGUGUCGGAACCGGGUCGUCGGGGAGCGGGAUCCGAGCGGCGGCCGGGCUGGGAGCGGGCCCGGCCUGGCCGAUGGCGCGCGCCCCCCGCCCGCGGCCCCCGGCCUGAGCCCGGCCCGCCCGCCGCCCCGGCCCGCGCCAUGGAGCCCGGCCGCGGCGGCAUGGAGACCGUGGGCAAGUUCGAGUUCUCGCGCAAGGACCUGAUCGGGCACGGCGCCUUCGCGGUGGUCUUCAAGGGGCGCCACCGCGAGAAGCACGACCUGGAGGUCGCGGUCAAGUGCAUUAACAAGAAGAACCUGGCCAAGUCCCAGACGCUGCUGGGGAAGGAAAUCAAGAUCCUCAAGGAACUGAAACAUGAAAACAUCGUGGCUCUGUACGACUUCCAGGAAAUGGCCAACUCCGUCUACCUGGUCAUGGAGUACUGCAACGGCGGGGACCUGGCCGACUACCUGCACACCAUGCGCACGCUGAGCGAGGACACCAUCCGGCUCUUCCUGCAGCAGAUCGCGGGCGCCAUGCGGCUGCUGCACAGCAAGGGCAUCAUCCACCGCGACCUGAAGCCCCAGAACAUCCUGCUGUCCAACCCCGGCGGCCGCCGCGCCAACCCCAACAACAUCCGCGUCAAGAUCGCCGACUUCGGCUUCGCCCGCUACCUGCAGAGCAACAUGAUGGCCGCCACGCUCUGCGGCUCCCCCAUGUACAUGGCCCCCGAGGUCAUCAUGUCGCAGCACUACGACGGGAAGGCGGACCUAUGGAGCAUCGGCACCAUCGUGUACCAGUGCCUGACCGGGAAGGCGCCCUUCCAGGCCAGCAGCCCCCAGGACCUGCGCCUCUUCUACGAGAAGAACAAGACCCUGGUGCCCAUCAUCCCCCGGGAGACCUCGGCCCCCCUGAGGCAGCUGCUGCUGGCCCUGCUGCAGCGCAACCACAAGGACCGCAUGGACUUCGAUGAGUUUUUCCGUCACCCUUUCCUCGAUGCCAGCGCUUCAGUGAAGAAGUCCCCGCCCGUGCCUGUGCCCUCGUACCCGAGCUCCGGCUCCGGCAGCAGCUCCAGCAGCAGCUCCACCUCCCACCUGGCCUCCCCCCCGUCGCUGGGCGAGAUGCCGCAGCUGCAGAAGACGCUCAUCUCCCCGGCCGAGGCCGCCGGCUUCCUGCACGGCUCCCGCGACUCGGGCGGCAGCAGCAAGGACUCGUCCUGCGACACGGACGACUUCGUCAUGGUGCCGGCCCAGCUCCCAGGCGACCUGGUGGCCGAGGCGGCCGGCGGCAAGCCCCCCCCGGACAGCCUCAUGUGCAGCGGGAGCUCCCUGGUGGCUUCCGCUGGCCUGGAGAGCCACGGCCGCACCCCGUCUCCGUCCCCGCCCUGCAGCGGCUCCCCCAGCCCCUCGGGCCGGCCCGGCCCCUUCUCCAGCAGCCGGUGCGGGGCGUCGGUGCCCAUCCCCGUGCCCACCCAGGUGCAGAACUACCAGCGCAUCGAGCAGAACCUGCAGUCCCCGACCCAGUUCCAGGCCCCACGGUCCUCCGCUAUCCGCAGGUCGGGCAGCACCAGCCCCCGGGGCUUCGCCCGGGCCAGCCCGUCACCCCCGUCCCACGCGGAGCACGGAGCCGGCCUGGCCAGGAAGCUGUCCCUGGGCGGAGGCCGGCCCUGUACCCUGUCCCCACAAGUUGGAACCAUCCCGGAGCGGCUGGGAUGGAGCGGGGUGCCCUCCCCCCAAGGAGCCGAGAUGCGGGGCGGCAGGUCCCCUCGUCCAGGCUCCUCGGCGCCCGAGCACUCGCCCCGCACCGCGGGGCUGGGCUGCCGCCUGCACAGCGCCCCCAACCUGUCCGACCUGCACCUCGUCCACUCCAAGCUGCCCAAGCCGCCCACCGACCCGCCGGGGGCCGUGCCCGGCCACCCGCAGGCCAGCGCCCCCCAGCCGGCCCACGGGCUCCAGUCCUGCCGGCCCCUGCGCGGCUCCCCGAAGCUGCCGGACUUCCUGCAGCGGAACCCCCUGCCCCCCAUCCUGGGCUCCCCCACCAAGGCCGUGCCCGCCUUCGACUUCCCCAAGACGCCCAGCUCCCAGAACCUGCUGGCCCUGCUGGCGCGGCCGCGGAACCGCACGCUGCCCGACCUCUCGGAGGCCGGCCCCCUCCCGGCGCAGCCGCUGGGCCCGGGCCUGCGGCCGGCGGAGGACGCCAAGGGCCCCUUCGGCAGGUCCCUCAGCACCGGCCGCCUCACCGACCUGCUCCUGAAGGCCGCGUUCGGGGCGCAGGGCCCCGACUCCGGCAGCUCGGACAGCCUGCACGAGAAGCCCAUGGAGAUCGCGCCCUCUGCUGGCUUUGGAGGGAACCUGCAGCCGGGCGCCCGUGCUGGGGGGGCCAGCAGCCCCUCUCCCGUGGUGUUCACGGUGGGCUCGCCCCCGAGCGGGGCCACCCCGCCCCAGAGCCUGCGCACCAGGAUGUUCUCAGUGGGCUCCUCCAGCUCCCUCAGCUCCGCCGGCUCCGCCUCCGCCCGCCCCCUGGCCGCCGGGGCCUGCGGUGAGGCCGCCCCCGAGGCCCUGGCCCCCGGCCACUGCUGCGGCUUCGCCGACACCGUCACCGCCAACCUGGAGGGGGCCGUGACCUUCGAGGCCCCCGACCUCCCCGAGGAGACGCUCAUGGAGCAAGAGCACACGGAGAUCCUGCACGGCCUGCGCUUCACGCUGGCCUUCGUCCAGCUCGUCCUGGAGAUCGCCACCCUCAAGGGCAGCGCCAGCGAGGCGGCCGGCGGCCCCGAGUACGAGCUGCAGGAGAGCGUGGUGGCCGACCAGAUCAGCCUGCUGAGCCGCGAGUGGGGCUUCGCGGAGCAGCUGGUGCUGUACCUGAAGGUGGCCGAGCUGCUGUCCGCCGGCCUGCAGACCGCCAUCGACCAGAUCCGCGCCGGCAAGCUCUGCCUGUCGUCCACGGUGAAGCAGGUGGUGCGGAGGCUGAACGAGCUGUACAAGGACAGCGUGCUGGCCUGCCAGGGCCUGAGCCAGCGGCUGCAGCGCUUCUUCCUGGACAAGCAGCGGCUGCUGGACCGCAUCCAGAGCGUGUCCGCCGAGAAGCUGCUCUUCAGCCACGCAGUGCACACGGUGCAGUCGGCCGCCCUGGACGAGAUGUUCCACCGCCGGGAGGACUGUGUGCAGCGCUACCACAAGGCCCUGCUGCUCAUGGAGGGGCUGCGGCAGCUGCUGGCGGACCCCACCGACGUGGAGAACAUCGCCAAGUGCAAGCUGUGCAUCGAGCGGAGACUCUCGGCCCUGCUGACCGGGCCCUGCUGACCGGGCGUGCCUGACCUGGAGCCUGCCUGCUGGGCCAGCGGCCGGACUUCUCUGCGGGCCCCGGGGAGGGCUGCGAGGCAGCCCGGAGCCCGGCCCGGAGCUGGGUCUGCAGCCACGGCUGUUUCCGGGCUCCGGCUGGCGCGGGGUGUGGGGCACUGGGGGGCCACACAGACUCGGCCCGGUCCGGCCCAGCGCCCCGGCCGCCCCCGAGGGCCCACUAGCCAAAGCCUGCAGCCCGCCGGCCGGCCCUCCCCAAGACCACCCGCCUCGUGAGGCACGAGCACUUUACCAGGCCGGCCCGGCCCCCGCGCCCUCGGCGCCUGUACAUACGUAUACACACACACACACAUACAUGCUGUGCGCCCAGCACAGCGUCCUAUUUAAUGUUCUUGGGGACACACAUAGGGCGCACCGAGCUUCCCAGCAGGCGUGGCAGUCCUCACACUUCACUACGAACGUGUCUUACCCGCAGCUCUUGUUUAAAGGAGAGACGCGUAGUGUCAGAUGGCACGGCUGGGUGUCCGCUGUCUCACCUGUAGGCGUGGGGCUCCUGCCACAGACGGGGCUGGUGAGGGGGUGUUUGUGCAAAAACCUCCCCAUCUGGCCGUCCCAGUCGGUUUUUAUGUUAAAUUCCCUCACCCCCUCCCCACCCCCCAGGUCCCGCUGCUAUCAGAGGGGCAGGGAGCCACCUUCUGGGCUUAGGGCCUCGCCCGUGAGUGCGCCCCCGGAGUUUGGGGGGCACCCAGGGGAGUCCCGGCACUGGCCUGGGUUCGAGGUCUACAGCUCAGACCCACAGGUCUCGGGUGUUCCUCCGCAAUACUACUUGAAGAGUGCCGCUGUCGGACUCGGAAGAAGCCCUGUGACUGCUCUCCUGGCCGCACAGGACAUGCUCCUAUUUAUUGCUUUACGGGCGGUCGGGGGACUCGGCUGCUGGGAGGCUGGUGCUGCGGAGGGGCCCCCUUCCUGCUCCUCACUCGUGGCACCAGCGUGCCCGCGUGCCUCCGGGCCGUGCCAGCCGGUCUCUCCGGGAGACGGCACUCGCCCGGGCUACUUCAGGGGGAUCCCGUGGUCCCGCCUGUUGUGUUAAUUGUGUAAUACCGUUUAAGGAAAUAAACCUUUGGAAUUGUU